CCUCCCCUUGCCUGGCUCAGCAAGAGCCCCUCUGGGGACACUCAGCCUUUCUUGUGACUAGGGUAAAUAUUACCUGACACUGUUAAUAUUUAAUGCCCCCCACCUCUGCCCUGGCCACCCCACGGCAGACACUGUCCCCGUAGCCCUGUAGUAGAGGCCAGAGGAAGACCGUGGAGAAGCCCUGAUGGCUGGGGAAAUGACAGAACUGUCAGCUGACAAUGGUGGCAGUGCCAAGAUGACAGAGGACCCCUUCGAGUAUGACUAUGAAACCAUCCGCAAAGGAGGCCUGAUCUUCGCGGGCCUGGCCUUUGUCGUGGGGCUCCUCAUCCUCCUCAGCAAAAGAUUCCGCUGUGGGGGCAGUAAGAAGCACAGGCAGGUCAAUGAGGAUGAACUGUGAGAGAAGAGCUGGCAGCGCCCACCAGUGCAUGGGCACCAGUGAUGGCCAUCUUCCCCAGCUGCACACCACAGACCCCACCACAGUCAGCACUGGCUGAAGGAAGUGCCAGGCGUACUUGGUCCCCCGUCAUGGUCAUCCCCUCAUGCCUCUAAGAUCCUUAACUUCCCCUCUCCCCUCCCCAACUUCUCUAACACCCCACUUCCUACUCCAAGUUGGGGUACAUGUGCACCUCGUCUCCCUGGUUUUCAAUGAAUCGCUCUACGAGCAUCUGCCAAUGAAACCGGGCUCACUGUGGUC